ACGGAGGAAAAGAUCAGCAGAAGUUUAAUGGUGAAAUCAUAGGAAGAUGCUUUUAGCGCAGGGUUCCUUUUACACAAAUGUGUUCAUGUGGUCAGUUUCCCUGAAAAUUGGAAACCCACUUCCUCCAACUAGUUCAGUAAAGGAUCCAGAGAGAAUGAAUCUUUGCACACAUUAUGUGAUCAAGUUUGUGUCUGUGCCUAAGGCAGUUAUUUUCCUAAAAUCAGUUGAAUAUUUCAGUUCCUCUUUGACGUCUGAGCUGUUACCAAAAAUAGGGCUUCCCCAUAGUUCAUUUAUUUAUUUAUUUAUUUUUUGGUGUUUAGUUUUUUGAGAUGAACUUAAUUUGUCAUACUUCUUCCUUGCAUCCUUCUACAGAUCAAGACUUAGAUUUAAACCAAGUGUCACACUUUUCUUCUCCCACCUACAGGAGGCAGAGAAACAAACGGGGACAAUCCAAAUUGCCUGAAUCGCAGUCGUUUAACCCAGCAAAUAAUCUGCCUCCCGUUCUUCCCUCCCACUUCUCCUCUCCAGACCCUCCCUUUCCCUCUUCUCCAAGCCCCGCUCUCCUCAGUGCUAGUCAGUGAGCCACCAUCUGGCCAGCACACAGUCAGAGCAGAUCACAUUUCUCGCAGGAGACUGGGAGACUUUCAUGCUUUUCUUUCACUAACUGGAGAUGUUCUGGAUAAAAAGAAUUUCUCAUUAGUCAUGGCAGGAGUUUUGACGUCAGACGGGGAAAGACAAAAAUACCUGUGAGAAAUCUGUGGAUCUUCUGUGGUUUUCCUGAACAGAUAACAAUAGUACUUGAUCAUCAUAAGAUAUUGGAGGUGGAAGACCUAAUUUUCUUAUAUUUCAACAUGCUGUCUUUUAAGAUGCAUCAAGACACAACUUGCACUGUGAUUUAAUCACCCUGGGAGCCUGUAUCGUCCUGUUGAAUACUUCUCACCUGUUCUAACCUGCUAUUAUGGAGAGCUGCUGGAGACGUGCUGGAGCAUUCAGGAGUGUAAUGGGACUGCUGGUGGUGGAGCUCCUCCUCGUCUUCCAGUUAGUGCAUUCUCAGCCCACUUGUCCUGCAGGCCCGGCCCAAGAGAACCUCACCCAGCCUCAGUAUGAAACCGCAACCGAAAAGGACCCCAGUGUGGGCUUUAUGGCCCCUUUUGCCCAGUCCUUCCUGAAAACUGUCCAGCCAAACCCAUUUCCUAAAGAUUUGAUCCAGCAGUUUCUACAGGGUACAGGAAAUGGGAUUUCAGACCAGGAAGUCAUCAAAAAAAUCUUGGUGUAUGAAGUGGGCUUUCUAGUUUGUAUAGCCAUUGGGAUUCUGUACAUCGUUCUGAUGCCCAUAAUCGGUUUCAUCCUGGCUUGCUGUCGCUGCUGUGGCAACUGUGGUGGGAAGAUGUACCAGAAGCAGACGUCCUCCAUUCACUGCAUCAGAAGAACUCUCUACGUUUUUGCCUGGGCGACCACACUCAUCAUCCUCGCCGGGAACAUCUGCAUGUUCAAAAGCAACGCGGCUCUCAAAGUGAGCGUGGAGCAGAGUCCGGUUGAGUUGAACCGGGCCAUAGGAAACAUCCACAAACUUCUCACGUCGGUGCCACAGCAAAUGGACAGUGUGGUGCAUGAGAGUUACAAAACUAUUCAGGAGGUCACCAAAAACUUAGAUGAUAUUGGAACUCAAUUGGGAUCAGAAAUCCAGCAACGCUUCAGAGGAACUCUGGAUUCGACGCUGAAUUCGGUUAAACGUCUGGGACAAGAGUGUUCAGACAUUGGUGAUCAGCUCAACCAACUUAACUCCUCCUUGACCCAGGUGAAGUCCACCAUGGACCGUCUGCAGGCCAACAUCACAAAAGUGAAAAAUCAAAUCAACCAGACCUUAUCCAACCCAAGCUGUACCAACUGCAGUGCAGCUGCUUCAGAAGUAAAGAAGCUGAAAUGGGACAGCUCUGUUACUAUUCCAAACUUGAACGAAUUAUUUUCCGCAGUGGAUGAAGCCAAAAAUAAUCUGCAGAACAAAACCAAAGAGGCAGAAGCAUAUUUUGACAGAAUCCCUGAUGAGGUGACAAACGAUACCCAGGAUUUUGUUAAAAAAGGCAAAGCGUUGCUGCAGAACGUAAAGGAACAGAUUUCCCAGAUCCCAAACUUCGAAUCGGAAUUAAGACAAAUUUCAGUGACGCUGAACCAGACGCAGACUGAGAUUAACACCUAUUUACCCACAGUGGAGUAUGCCGAGAAUAUCAGAUGGAGCGUGUGUACGGCCCUGUGCUGCACCGUUCUCUUGGUGGUGGUGUGCAACCUCUUGGGUCUGACCUUUGGCCCUCUGGGUCUGUCUCCAAAGGCGGACCCCACCGAGCGCUCCUGCACAGCCAACUGUGGAGGAAUCUUUCUCAUGAUGGGCGCGGGUUUCAGCUUCCUCUUCUCCUGGAUCUUGAUGAUCGUGGUUGUGCUGCUGUUUCUGCUCGGUGGAAACGUUUACACUCUUGUCUGCCGACCGUGGAACAACGGACAACUACUGAAGUUCAUUGAUACUCCAGGUUUAAUUCCUGGGAAAGGUCUGGGCCAGAUUUUAAAACUGAACCACAGCCUUGGUGUCUCUGAGAUCUAUCGUGACUGUAAUCAGAACCGGUCCCUGUGGACAACGUUUCAUCUGUACGAGACAGUGGAUCUUGGUGACCUGCUAAACGUGUCCAAAUACACAACAGAGGUCCGACAGAGAUUUGAUAACACCCACAUCAACAUGACUUCGAUCAAUCUCCUGACUCCUGAAAUCAAGAGCCAACUUCGCAGCCUCUCCAAAAAGACUGUCAACACAACGACUUUGACAGAACAGAUGAACGGGGUUUACAGCGUCAAUCUCAGUUCUAUAGCAAAUGGACUUGACAAGUUAGCUGAUAUUCAAGCAAACGGAAACAUUGAAACUGAGCUGAGAAAUGAAGCCAACCAGCUGAGGCAGAUCCAGACUGACAUUGAGAAGGUCCUCAUCCCACAAAUGAAAAACCUGAAUUCCUCCCUCACAAGUCUUCAGUCUUCUUUAAACUCAGUCAAUGGAACAGUGGAGGAGGUGCUGAGGAAAGUUGGAGCAGCACAAGACUUUCUCAACACCAAUGCAUCACAGAUAAUCAAGACCGAGAGCAGGAAGUUUCUGGACUGUCAGCUGAAUUUAUUCGUUCUUUAUGAAGACUGGGCCAACAAUACAAUAACGCAGCAGUUGGGCCGCUGCGGGCCGGUGGCUGGAGCCGUGGACUCUGCGGAGGCCAUCGUCUGUGCUUACAUGGUGGAGUCCCUGAAUGCAUUUUGGCUCAGUCUGGGCUGGUGCAUGAUCUUCUUCAUCCCCAGCAUCAUUUUUUCCAUCAAACUGGCAAAGCACUACAGGAAAAUGAAGGACUCUGACGUCUACAAUGAUCACAUAGUGAUGCACCAGAUCCCACGGGCUAAAACAGGAUUCUACCCAGGUGGUAGCACACAUGUUGGGCAUCUUUCAAAAAGAGCCUGAAGACACCGUCACCGCAUCACUGGACAACAUGAGGCUUUCAUAUAAAUGUGGUACAUCUGUGCUCUUGUGAAAAAACUAAGAUGAUCUAUUUUUAAAUGACUGUUUUUCUUUUUUAUUAUUAUUCUGCUUCUCACCAUAAAGCAAAGCAACUUAUAAAUUGAUUCCAGUAUUCAUGUCACUCAUUUCGUGCGUCAUCUUUAGGGUGUGAGGGAACCUGCAGGGACUUUUUUCAUUCUCCAUAUGUUACGUGUCACAUAGAUGCUUUGUAUACAUUUGAUCAGUGAACAAACACUACUGGUUAGUCCUCUUUUUAGGGGUUAAUUAUGUUUUCUAUAAACGCUGGCGUGUAUUUACCUCUGAAUGUGUCUUUAAAAAAUAUCACUGUGCUUUGGUACUGCUGGGGAUUGAGUUUUUUACCUUUACUUGCACCAACUGUGAAAAUCACUAUUUUGUCAUUUUAUUUGUUAAUGAACUAACGUUUUUCUAAAUAACAUUUUUUGUGAACUUUAUAAUUAGAUUUUUUAAAGUCCUAUUUUUCAAAUUUGUUAUUAUAGAUUUUGAUUUGAUGUUUAUAAAGACUGAAUUGAGAUGAUUUUGUACUAUUUGUUAGAUUUUCUGUCACAACUUUUGCACUUUAUAUGGUCUGUUUGACCAGCUGAACAAUGAAGGGUUGUGAAUAUUGUCUGAUACUUGUUCCAGAAAAGAAAAAAAUAAGAUUAAAUAUAAAGAAAAUAGUUGCAGACAAACAUU